UCAUUCAAAACAAAAAUAAAUUUUUGAUACCUUCGAAUUUAAUGCUGCAGCUGGGGAAACCCACCCACCACCACCACCACCUCCCCCCCUUCCUCAAAAAAAUAUCCUUCUCUCUCCUCUCCCCAAAAAUGAAGAAUAGAAAACCCUUCUUUUCUUCCCUUCCCCCCCUUCAAAAUGUCCAACACCACUCCGAUCCCCACCCCCAGUGCUUCCUCCACCACCACCAACACCACGUCUUCUACCUCACCAGCUUUUAUACCCAGCAGUUUUGGACCCUACCCUUAUAACUUCAACACCGGUGACCAAAACCCAUCUGGUGGUGGUGGUGAUUAUUUCUUGCAAAACCUAACCAACCUAGGCCUGGGUUAUGCAAUUGCUAUUGCUCUAGGCUUUCUUGUUCUGCUCUCAACACUGUUAUUAGCUUCUUAUGUAUGUUGCCGUGCCCGUGCACGCAACCGCAACAACAAUCAUCAAUCACAUCACCAUCAUCAGAGUGAUCAUGUGAGUCAUAGUAAUAAUGGGAUUAUAUUGCCUAGAAUUAUAUUUGUAGCUGAAGAUGAUGAUGAGGAGAAUGGUAUGCGAGCAGAUGAGGAGAAUAUUGUUAUGGGUCUUGAUCAGAUGGUUAUAAAUUCAUACCCCAGAUUUUGUUAUUGCAAAAAUGAAAAGGAUUUUGGGAAGGAAAAUGAUUCGGUGUGUUCGAUUUGUUUAUGUGAUUAUAAAGAUGGUGAAAUGUUGAGGAUGAUGCCGGAUUGUAGACAUUAUUUUCAUCUUAUGUGUGUUGAUGCCUGGUUAAGGCUUAAUCCCUCAUGUCCUGUUUGUAGAAAUUCUCCAUUACCAACUCCAUUGUCUACUCCUUUAUCUGAACUUGUUCCUCUUUCUCAUUAUCCUGCUGGGAAUCGAAGAAGGUAGCCCCAAUCUUACUUUUUUUUUUUUGGUCAUUUUAGUAUUAGUAAUUAGUACUAGUUCUGGCUUGUUUUUUUUUUUAAUAAUUAUUAUUUUGGUGUCUUGAUUAUGUAUAAAUUUUGUGGUUAAAGGUUUGGAAUUUUAAUGGGAUCUUGGAUUGAUUUACUGUGAUUGUUAUGAAAUUCUUAUGGGGUUGACUUCAA